UGUGCGUAAGAUGCCAUGCCACUUUAUGUUUGAACUGCUACUGGAUGACGUAAAGGAGGAGCUCAAGUCGAGCCAUAACUUUGUACCUCUCUGUCUUCAACACUUGAAGUGAAUAUAAAUUCAGCCGAUGUGUUUAAAUCAGCUGGUUUAAAUGGAUAUCUGAAGUGCAGGGCUGACGUUUCGUUCACUUCCCGGACAGCUGAACGACUGUUUUGGCCCUUGUGUUACACAGGGAUCAGGAAAAAUGCAAAGCGGCUUGUCGUUUUCUGACAGUGAUGUUUCGUUCACCCCUCUGGUGGUCCUUGAGCUGGCUGAUGACACGAAGACAGAGGCCAUCACUUGGUUUCUAAACAGGAUCAGAGACAAACAACAAAAUGGAGGAGCGGAGCUGUUGGUGGAGCAACUGAUACUUCCAGUUCAAGAUGGUCAGAAGCCCAACCCGAACAUCAUGUUGGUGGGAUCCACAUUACAAAGGCUCUUAGUUGGAGCUGAAGAGGUAGGAAUGUUUAAAGAGUUUCAAGAUGGGACAAUGCGAGGAUUCACCUAUGCCAACAGAGAAAGCUUCAAAGACUUCAAAGGAGACGGUGAUGGGUUUCUCAGUGUUGCGGAGUGUCAGUAUAUUGUCAAACAUGAGCUGGAGACGUUAAGGGCUAAGAAUGAAGAUCAUGUUCCUGGAUAUCCCAAACUUAAACUUUAUCCAGGAAAAUCAGUUGUACGACGACUGCAGUCCAAAGGUAUCCUAGUGCAGUAUUUUCCUCUCCAUCAGAAAGACGAUCUCAAGAAACUCUCUUUCUCUUGGUACAAACGGAUCAAACUGACCUUCCAGCCACUGGAUGAGGUCAGAUCUUACUUCGGUGAGGGACUGGCACUCUACUUUGGGUUUCUGGAGUAUUUUACAAUAGCCUUGGUUCCCAUGGCUCUAAUCGGUAUUCCAUACUACCUCUUUGACUGGGAGGACUAUGACAAGUAUGUGCUGUUCGCUGUCUUUAACCUGGUGUGGUCAACGGUUUUUCUGGAAGUGUGGAAGAGAUACAGCGCUACGUUAGCGUACAAAUGGGGUACGUUGAGUCGCAGGAAAGCCUUUGAAGAACCGAGGCCUGGGUUUCACGGAGAACUGGGGUUUAAUCCAGUGACAGGACGAGAAGAACCGGUCUACCCUAGCUCCAGGCGGCAGUUAAGGAUUUACCUUGUGUCACUUCCUUUCGUAUUGCUGUGCUUGUAUCUGUCCUUCUAUGUGAUGAUGGUCUACUUUAUGAUGGAGCACUGGGCCAUAAGUAUAUACAAUGACAAUCCAAACUUUGCAACCAGCAUCCUACUGUUCGUUCCCAGUAUCAUCUACGCUGUGGUUAUCGAAAUCAUGAACUUACUUUAUCGCUAUGCAGCAGAGUUUCUCACACACUGGGAAAACCACAGACUUGAGUCUUCAUUUCAGAAUCAUCUUGUUCUCAAGGUUUUGGUGUUUAACUUCGUAAACUGCUUUGCCUCUCUAUUCUAUAUUGCCUUCGUAAUGCAAAACAUGGAGCUUCUGAGACACAGUCUGGCCACCCUGCUCAUCACCUCUCAAAUCCUUAACCAAAUAAUGGAGGCCUUCCUGCCCUACUGGCUACAGAGGAGGAGGAACAAGAAGGCCCAUAAGAGAAUGAGGCGGCUAAUGGGUGACAAAGAGCUCCCUCUGCUGGAACAAGUUCAGCUGGAAACUGACAUGAACACAUAUCUGGGCACUUUUGACGACUACCUUGAGCAGUUCCUGCUGUUCGGCUAUGUGAGUCUUUUCUCCUGUGUGUACCCAUUGGCUGCUGUGUUGGUGGUACUGAACAACAUCACCGAGGUUUAUUCUGAUGCCUUCAAAAUGUGCCACGUCUUCAAGCGUCCCUUUUCAGUACCAGCCGCAGAUAUCGGGGUGUGGCAGCUGGCAUUUGAAACCAUGAGUAUUAUUGCUGUGGUGACCAACUGUGCCUUAAUCGGUCUGUCCCCGAAUGUGAAAGCAUACUUCACCGAAUCAGAGACUCAGCUCAUCCUCAUCAUUGUGGCUGUCGAGCACAUUCUCUUGGCCUUCAAGUUGAUCCUGGCGUUCGUCAUUCCAGAUGUUCCUAAAGAUAUCCAAAUCCAACUCGCCAAACUGGAUUUCGAGUCUCUAGAGGCGCUUAAGAAAAGGAGCCGAGCCCGCAGUCGAAAAUACUGGAAGUUGCGGCGACCUGAAAUACCGCUAAGUGACAUGUGACAGCAACAGAAGAAUCCAACACAAUAACGAUACCAGAUGAAUUGCUCAAUGUGUGCAUAUAAUGUACACAAAGUAUUACAGCUACUUGAUAUUAAAUGCACUCCUUGCCAUGUUAUUUACAUAAAUGGCAUAAACAUACUGUACACAUCCAAAUAUAUAACAGGGUGUUUUAAAACGAUCUGUUAUUGCAUUUAAAGCAUGCACAUAUCAUUUCUCAGUCAAUAAAAUGUUUUUUAAUAUGAUGAUGGACAGGUGGGAAUAGGAAUCUAUUUGGUGUGAUGUUUGAUGGGGUCUUGCUGGCUGAUGGUUUAUAGUAUUUAAAGUAUGCUGCAUUUUUAUGAGUGUCUGAAAUAGAUUUGUACAGAGAGUACGGUUAAAAGAAAAUAUUAUGAAGACUAAAAAUCUCUACCAAAGAUUACGUUGUGCCUUUUUACAUCAAUGCAUCACAUUUAGUUUGCUUACAGAUAUCAUUCUCACCCUACUGUACUUGAAGAUUCAAUAAUCCGCCUGAAAAUAAAAAUUCAAUCAUG